AUGAGCAUGAAUACCCACCCAAUUGAUUUUGAAGCUGUAGUCUCAGCAGCCUUAGCAAAGCAGGCCAGAGAUCUUGAAAACGACAGAAACCUGGCUCUUCAACAGCAAGCUGAACAGUUCAAGCACAGCCUUGCCGAAAUACAAAAUCAAAUGCGAUCUCUUUCGGCUGCUGCAAAUCUUCCUUCCGGUGGAUCUCUUGCUACCAUCAGUGACUCGGCAACUGUAUCCGCAACUCAAACUUCGAACAACACCAUGCCCAUUACCCCAACUCAAUCCUCCGCUUCAAAAGGUUCAAAGAAACCCAAAGGCAAGAGCAAGGAAGCUACCCCACUAAGAGGAGUGCGAGCAACAUCUGAACCUGUUGCAACUGUCAAAAAAACACCAACCUCUGCCUCAAAGACGCCCAAAUCCGGUCGUGUCCGUCAAGUCACCCCCUCGCCGUUGAACCGUAAGCGCCAUCCAGCCCAGCUUGUGACUAGCGACAUACCCAAGCAGUACAAGACAACUAAGAACUCAGUCCCAGCUAAGGUUGACCCUCACCUCUCCCGAGAAUUCCACCAACGAUUCACUUCUGCUGAGCAAGUUGAGAAUGCAAUCACUCAUGCCGAUUCCCCUCAAAUCAUCAGUCAGGAAGACAUCCUCUCCUUAAGACAAGGCCGCUCCGGAAGAUUCAAGCUGGGAAGGGGCAUGGCAAAUAUUGACGAAAUGCAAAUCCUGUACGUGCACGUGGUCUUCUCAAAAGUGGGGAUUCGGGUCUGGGGGCCAAAUCUUGAAGAGUCCCAUGACUCUCUUUUCAACUCUGCAUGUCGUAUCACUGCCUUGAACACCUUCCGCCAACUUGCCUCAAGUGGUGCUUAUCACUACAUGAACAUCAACACCUCGUGCCUCAAUGAGUUGUCAUUCUUAGUCAAUGCCUAUAACCAUUAUGUUCAUUACGUGAUGGAGUCUCGUUUCAAGAAGGAGAUGAAGGAAAUUGGAAAGCAUGGGAAGGACGAGAAAAAGAAGUCAAUCCAAAAGAAUCGAGAGAGGCUCUGCAAAAGUCGGCAUGCAUACGCCGUUGCGAAUAAGUUUCCCGAACGCUACAUCCGAAUUCUCAACAACACUUUGGCGCACAGCGAUGAUGAGUUCAGUCCCGAGCACAACAUCUACAUCAUCAAGACCCUGAGAUACCAUUCAAACAACGCAAAUAUUUUUUUCCGGCGCUUGGAUGUUGAAAUGCUCAAAGCCGAUCAACUUUCCGGAAAGCAGGGACGAAAACGAGUCCGAAAACUCCCCAAAGCACCUAUGGCUUCAACGUUCACCAAGCCCCCUAUUGGUCUCCCACUCGACUUCUAUCAUCGCGGGUGGAUCAAAAGCUUGAAGGAAACCGACCAGCGUCUCAUUCCUGACUCUGAAUCUGUUGCCUUUCUUCCAGACGCCAAACUCUCAUUGUUGCCAACCAGGGUUCCAGACGAGAAGCUAGGUGAUCAAGUGUUUUGUGCCAAGUUCCGUGAUCUCCUUGUUGAACCCUACGGCUUGAAUUUCCUCAAUGGCAACAAAUCCAAUUCGAGCGAUGAUGACAGUGCUGAUGGAGAUAAUGAUGACAUCGAAGUUGAUGAAGACGACACUGACCAAAAUGAAGAGGAAGUGGAAGCUGAGGAGUCUUUGUUCCUUGAUGAGGGAGAUUAUGGAGAGUUGUAUGGUGCUGAUGAAAGCGAUGUUGAGAAUGGAGUUGAUGAAGAGGGUGACCAGGAGGACAUGGAUGACAUGUAA